CCCAGUCUCCGGGCGAAGAGGCGGGGUGUGGGGUGCAGUUAAAAGGCGCCGCGGCGGGAGACAGGUGUCGCGGCCCCGCAGCGCCCGCGCGCUUGUCUCUCGGACUCCGAGCCUCUCGGCUGCGCCGGGCCCAGGACCCGCCCAGGAGCGCGGGAGCCCCAGCGCCGAGACCCCAGCCCCGGCCGCUGCCUCCCGACGCAGAGCAAACCGCCCAGAGGAGAAGAUGGAUUGGAACACGCUGCAGACGAUCCUGGGGGGUGUGAACAAACACUCUACCAGCAUUGGAAAGAUCUGGCUGACCGUCCUCUUCAUUUUUCGUAUUAUGAUCCUCGUUGUGGCUGCGAAGGAGGUGUGGGGAGAUGAGCAGGCCGACUUUACCUGCAACACCCUGCAGCCCGGCUGCAAGAAUGUGUGCUACGACCACUACUUCCCCAUCUCCCACAUCCGGCUGUGGGCCCUGCAGCUGAUCUUCGUGUCCACGCCGGCCCUCCUGGUGGCCAUGCACGUGGCCUACCGGAGACACGAGAAGAAGAGGAAGUUCAUCAAGGGGGAAAUAAAGAGUGAAUUUAAGGACAUCGAGGAGAUCAAAAGCCAGAAGGUCCGCAUCGAAGGCUCGCUGUGGUGGACGUACACCAGCAGCAUCUUCUUCCGGGUCGUCUUCGAAGCCGUCUUCAUGUAUGUCUUCUACAUCAUGUACGACGGCUUCGCCAUGCAGCGGCUGGUGAAGUGCAACGCCUGGCCUUGUCCCAACACUGUGGACUGCUUUGUGUCCCGGCCGACGGAGAAGACUGUCUUCACAGUGUUCAUGAUUGCAGUGUCUGGAAUUUGUAUCCUGCUGAAUGUCACUGAAUUGUGUUAUUUGCUAAUUAGAUAUUGUUCUGGGAAGUCAAAAAAGCCAGUUUAAUGCAUGGCCCAGUUGUUAGAUUAAAAAAUAGACAGCAUGAGAGGGAUGAGGCAACCUGUGCUCAGCUGUCAAGGCUCAGUCGCCAGCAUUUCCCAACACAAAGAUUCUGAUCUUAAAUGAAACCCCUGUAGGCCUCACGUGAAACUCCAGAUACCACAAUGGAGCUCUACUCUCCUAAAGCCUCAAAACAAAGGCCUAAUUCUAUGCCUGUCUUAAUUUUCACUUAAGUUAGUUCCAAUGAGACCCCCAGCUGGUAGGGGUUAUUGGUGUAAGGUACUUUCAUAUUCUAAACAAAGGAUAUUGGCAUUUGUUUCUCUUUCUCUGAGGACAAGAGAAAGGCCAGGUUCCAUAGAGGACUCGGAGAAGGUCUGGGUGUCCUCCUGGGGUUCUUUUUGCCAAUUCCCCCCACAUUAAAGAUGAACAUAGAGAAUCUUGGUACUUUUAUUCACUUUGGACGUUUUAAUCUCUAACGGUGGACAAAGUUACCAGUGCCUUAAACUCUGUUACAUUUUUUGUAAGUGAAAACUUUAUAGUACGAUAGGUUAUUUUAAGGUAAAGAUGUUCUGGAUAUCAUUAUAUGCACCCCUGUUUCAGAGGCUCAGACUGUGAUAUGUAAAUGGGAUGUCAUUAGCUACUAUGGUUUCAUUUGAAAUACGGCCUUUUGGUUGUGACUACUUUGCAGUGCAGCUGAAAGGCUGUCCGUUGCAUUCAUUGUGGUCACAGCACCUGACAACACUGCAGCCUCAAUCGAGUGAGACAGACUAGAAGUUCCUAGUGACGGCUUAAGAUAGCAAAUGGCCUCAUGUCGAAUAUUUAGAUGUAAUCUUGUGUAAGAAACCCAGACUGGAUGUACUGCCAGCUACGACCUGUAACGACGGGCCUGCUCAACAUGGCUCCCUCUCCCAUGACUGUGGGACAUGGCAACCAGCAUCAGAAGGAGCGCUGAUUUAAAGAGGUCGCUUGGGAAUUUUACUGACACAGUACCAUUUAAUGGGGAGGACAAAAUGCGGCAGGGGAGGGAGGCGUUUCUGUUGUUAACAAACAGAUUUGGAAAGACUGGAUUCUACAUUCUCUUGAUUAAAGAUGAGCUUUGUCUACUUCAAACGUUUGUGUGCUUCCGCCUUCAACCUCCAACUUUUUAAGUGAAAAUAGAGCUAAUAACACUUGAGAAGAAUAGAAGCUAAGGUUUAGAUAAAUAUUGAGCAGAUCUAUAGGAAGAUUGAACCUGAAUAUUGCCAUUAUGCUUGACACGGUUUCCCCAAAAAUGGUACUCCACAUACUUCAGUGAGGGCCAGGAUUUUCCUGCCGUCAAGAAUGGCAUGGAAAAGCAUUUUGUGGUAAUAAAUAAUAGCUUUAAUGAUAUGCUUGAAACUAAAAUAAUUUUGUAAUGUGUCAAAUACAUUUAAAAUAUUAAAAUAUCUAUAAUAAU